GCCAUUCGGAAAGGAACUAGAAAAAGUUCCAAAUCUGAGUUUGAUAGGUACCUUGAGGAGGAGGAGGAUGAUGAGGAGGUUACACGAGCAAUGGUGGGUUCUGAAGAGGAUGAGUAUAAGUUUGACAUCUUGGGAUGGUGGUCGCGAAGUGGGAUGAAAUAUCCUAUUAUUUCUGAGAUGGCUAGGGAUAUUCUCGCUGUUCCUAUUUCCACGGUUGCUUCUGAGUCGGCAUUCAGUACAGGAGGUCGAGUUUUAGAUUCGUUUAGGACCUCCUUAUCCCCUGAAGUUGUGGAGGCUUUGAUUUGCUGUGAAGAUUGGAUAAGAUCUUCUAACUCUGAGUUGGUGGCUGAUGGAGAAGAUGAGUGUGAUGAAGUUGUAUUUCAGAAUGUAUUUGCAGCUUUUCAAACUCGAAGUGCAAGUGCACCUGCAGAACCUAGUGGAAGCUCACAUUCUGCUCAUGUUCCGAUCUCGAGUCCUACUGGGUCACAAGUCGAAGAAGUUUAUUUUGAUGAGGAUUCUGAUGGGAAUGAUGAGACUUGUGUGGAUAUAGAGUCCGAUAAGGUGGAGUGAUGUUGAUUUUUAAUAUUGUUACCCAAAGUUGACAUUGUGGAUGUUAUUAGUCUUAAAUGUAUUACUGGAAGGAUAAAAUGUUGGUAAGACCAUUUGUAGUAUAAUGUUAUUAGGUGACAACUUAUAUAUAAGCAACCAACAGGGGACAUAAAUACGAG